AUGGGCAAGCGUGCACCGGUGUCCGAGGCGGAGAAGCUGCUGGCCGAGGAGGUGUUCCAGACCAAGCCGCUGCAGAAGAAGAAUAAGCGCAAGCAUCUUGGCAAAAAUAAGGGUGGACUGGACAAUGCGUCACUAAAGCUCAAGGCUGCAUGGGUGGACGAUGACGAUGAGGAUGUUGAGGUGAACUUAGAGGAGCAGCCACAACUGCGUAAGCUCCGCAAAACCGAGGAGGAUACGAUAGUAGACGGCAAGGAACUCAACCGCCGCCUUAAGACCUUCUACCAGUCAGCACACGGUGCUGUGUCGUGGGCGGAUCCUAAGAACUUCUUGGGUGACCGUCAGGUGGACUCAGAUGACAGCGACGAUGAGGAAGCUGAGCUUAUCCGCAGCACUGGCAAGCUGAUUGAGGACUCUGGCGAGCUAUUGCCUCAGGGAUCAUUAGAGGUCGCUCGCAUGAAGGAUGCCAAUCAGCACACGCCAUCGAAUGCUGUUAUCCAAUCGGUGCAGUUCCAUCCGAACGGACAGAUCAUGUUGACAGCAGGUCUCGACAAGACGCUGCAUCUUUUCCAGGUGGACGGCAGCAACAACGCCAACAUCGAGAACGUCUUCGUGCAGGAUCUCCCCAUCUUAGACGCCAAGUUUACGCUUGGUGGAGACCGCGCCGUUUUGACCGGACCUCGUCAAUAUUUCUUCUCGUACGACAUUGAAGCAGGCAAGAUCACGAAGAUCCCUGGACUCUAUGGACGGAAGGAAAGGAAGCGUGAAAAGUUCGUUGUCUCGGAGAACGGAGAGACGAUCGUGUUCCUGGGUAGCAAUGGCUACUUGGAUCUGGUGUCAGCCAAGUCGUAUGAGUCCAUUGGUACGCUGAAAAUGAACGGUACUGUCACGUCUGCGGUUUUCUGCGAGAACGACCGCUACUUGAUCAGCACAGGCUCGGACGGACAGAUUUACAAGUGGGACAUGCGUACGCGGCGGUGUGUGUUUGUCCACGACGAUGAAGGUAGUCUAGGCAACCACGCUCUGGCUGCCAGCAGUAAAUACUACGCUGCGGGCUCCAAGAGCGGUGUGGUCAAUAUCUACGACAACGCGGGUCUGACGGCCAAGCCCAAGCCGCGAAAGGCGCUGAUGCACCUUACCACUCAGGCCGACCACCUCAAGUUCAAUGCCAACUCGGAGAUCCUGGCAAUGGCUUCUAACGAUGCCAAGGACUCGUUGAAGAUGGUGCACAUGCCGUCUCUUACGGUGUUCUCCAACUGGCCAACGGCGCACACGCCACUGCACUACGUGUCGGCGAUGGACUUCAGUCCGAACAGCGGCUACUUUGCAGUCGGUAACGCCCGAGGACGUGUGCUGUUGUACCGACUGACUCACUACAAGUCCACAUAA